AUGGCUUUCUUUCGCUCAACCACAGAUCCAGGUUCCAAUGUGACUGUGACCAAAGAAGAGUUCAACCUCUUUCACAACAUUGAUCGUUUACUCUUCACCCGUUUGGUUGUGAAACUUGGCCGUGACCCAGGCCAAUCCAUACAUGUCAUGUCCUUCAUCUUGUUCCUUGAAAAGAUGAGCAAAGAUUUCAGAUUGGUGAAAAACUUGCUCAGUUGGCCUGAUAAAAUGCUUCAUAAUCUCGCAGAUGAGUCCCUCUUGGCCUUGAAUUGCAUUGAAAGUGUCCAUUUCCCUUACAAUGCUAAUAUUCAUGAUAAGGGUUUGCCUUUGAUCCAAAACCUCACUCGUAUGACUAUUUCCCUGAAAUACUUGACUGAGAAACGCAUGCAUAUAAUCCCUGCAGUCACUAAGUUACUCAAUGAGGUUUGUUCUAGAGCUUUCACUGACAUAGUACAGAAAGUGCAGUACGAGAAAGCUAUGAAGGAACAGAACUUCAAUGUUCCAAAUCUUUAUGGGACAAUUCCUAAUCCUUAUAUGCAGCAACAAGUGUUAUAUUUUGCCCCAGCUCCUCCUAGGGUUGCAAUUGUGCAACCCCAACAGAUUGCUGUGCCGGUAACUCAAUGGAAUGAAGGAAGUUCGAGUCAUUAUGGUGUUUCAAAUAGAAAAGAGUUUAAUAGAGGAUUCAAUCAGAUUACGACCAUGUUUGCUACUAAUCUUUCUCUAGGUAGUGAGAGAAAGGAAGUGACUGUAGAUGAUAGGACAAUCUUUAUGACAUUCUCCAAAGGAUACCCCAUUUCAGAGUCUGAAAUCCGAGAUUUCUUCUCAAGAAGAUAUGGAUAUAUAGUUGAAGAUUUGUAUAUGCAAGAAGUUCAGCCACCCGAGCAACCAUUGUAUGCUCGCCUUGUGGUUCGACCUGAGGCCAUAAAUGUGAUUGAUCAUUUCUUUGAAGCCACAAGUAGAGUCAAAUUUGCCAUCAAUGGGAAGCAUAUUUGGGCUAGAAGAUAUUUUCGUAAGGGUGGCAAGUCACCACCAGCAACAUCCCCAGUGACUUCUCGAACACCUUCACCAUCUGAACCAGGGACAUCUUAUGGAUGA